AUGAAGACGCCAUACAAACUGGGCUUUCUGUUUUUGCUCGCCAGUUUGCUGCUUCACCUGUUGUGUUACAAUGUGCUGUACAGGUCCCCGCUAACUGAGACAUCACGGGAAUCUUGGAGAAGAGAGUUUGACAACGCCCACCUAGCUAACUGUACACUUACAGACGCCCACUUCCACACUCAGUUCAUGCUGAGUUAUUACAGAAAUCUUGCAGCUUAUCCAAGGCAUGGCUUUCAGCGGCCGGAAAAAUUCAAGUGUUUGGGAUCACCUGUAUCCUCAGUUGCAAAGCAACCCGAAAAUGAAACCAAACCAAAUGUUAAACGAAUUCUUGCAUGGACCGAGUUUUUUGGCACCAAAGACUGGAUACCUAAGACGAUAUGUUCUGGGAACAAAAUUUGCGUGAGCACAACAGAUAAAAAUGACUUAACCAUCAGCGAUGGUAUUGUCAUCCAUCCGAGAGACUUGGUCCAGAAAAGUGACCUGCCCACCAACAGAUUGCCUCAUCAGCGACUGAUAUAUCUGAUUCAGGAAUCCCCCUGGGCGACUGGAAUUGACGUUGGCGAUUACGAUGGCGUAUUUAACUGGACGUCCACAUACAGGCGGGAUUCUGACUUCCCGUUUACAUUCUUUUGGACGGGGCGACGUCAGACAGUUCUCUCAAAACAAAAGCGUGAAAAAAUAGCCACCGUCAUUUCAUCGAAAACAAAACUGAUUGCGUACAUGAACAGCAACUGUAAUGCCGCGCAUUCCAAAAGAAUGGAGUUUAUAGAGGAGUUGAACAGUUACAUCCACGUUGACAUGUAUGGGAAAUGUGGGAAUCUGACAUGUCCCCGCAAUUCUGAAGUCUGUACAAAUACAAUGGCUAAGUAUAAAUUCUAUUUGUCUCUGGAAAACACACACUGCCGUCAUUAUCUGACGGAAAAGGUCCAGCAGCCUUUACAGGAGUGGUAUGCCGUUCCGGUGGUCAUGGGGGGUGCGGAUCCCUCGGACUAUGAAACCAUUCUGCCACCACACUCUUACAUACACACAUCUGGCUUCAGCUCUACACGUGACCUUGUGGAUUACCUGCUUCUGCUGGACAGGAAUCCGGAACUCUAUCAGCAGUACCACGCAUGGCGCCGGACGCACCAGCGCGUGCGCAAUGACAUUUGGUGUGAUAUCUGCCAUGGUCUGCACAAUGCAUCCUUACCUAUCCAAACAUAUACUGACUUUAAAGGGUGGUACAGAGAAGAUGUGUGUCGCCCUUAA